AUGUCCCGUAAUUUAGAAUUAUCAACUAAUCAAAAGACAUACUUACAUGAAGGUUUAAAGAAUGGUAUAAGAUUGAGCAAUCGAGAUUUUUUAAAGUUUAGAGAUAUUGAUAUAUAUUUAUCAACUGACGAAUUUGGUUAUGUUGAAGUUUCAAUUGGAAAUACAAAAAUAUCAGUUCGAGUAUCAUCACAAAUUAUAAAACCUUAUGAAGAUAGACCAUUUGAAGGUAUAUUAACUAUUAAUUCUGAAAUCAGUUCAAUGUCAAGUUUAAAAUUUGAUACAAAUUCAAGAUCUCAAGAAGAAGUUUUAAUUUCAAGAAUAAUUGAAAAAGCGAUAAGGAGAUCAAAUUCUUUAGAUUUAGAAAAUUUAUGUAUUGUAGCGGGUGAAAAAGUUUGGGAAAUUAUAGUUGAUUUAAAUUUUUGGAAUUUUGAUGGAAAUUUAAUUGAUAUUGGUUGUUUUGCAAGUAUGUUGGCAUUAUCACAUUUUAAAAAACCUGAUAUAAGUAUAUUAAAUGAUGAAAUUAAAAUUUAUGAUAUAAAUGAAAGAGAACCUGUUAAUUUAAGUAUUUUACAUAUACCUAUUUGUUUAACAUUUUCGUUUUUUAAUUUAAAUUCAAAAGAAAUGAAUAUAAAAGGUGAUGAGGCGAAUGAAAUUUGUUUAUUAGAUUGUGAUUUAAUUGAAGAAACUUAUAGAGAUGGAUUUUUGGUAAUAACUUUGAAUAAAAAUAGAGAAUUGAUACAAUUGAGUAAAAAUGGUGGGUUACCUAUAGAUGCACAACAGUUGUUAGAAUUAUGUAUGAAAGGUCAAUCAAUAGUUGAUGAGUUGACAAAUUUGAUUAAAACUAAAAUAAAAGAAAAUGAAGAAGAAAGGUAUAAAUCGAAUAAUUUGGGAUUAUUAGAAGCUACUGCUGACAGAUAA